AUGGCAGAAUGGAAUGGCAUGGGAAGACCCGACCACGGUCAAUCUGUUGUGAGUAUUGCCCGACAGAAACUUCUUAAAGAUGCCAUGAACGCCUAUCUCAAAGUUGAAAUACGUCGACAACAACGAGAAGCCCUCGAAAUUCACAAAGCAUGCUCCGCUGGCAUCGACAAAAUGUUCGAUAAAAUGGAACAAGCGUUCGAUGUCGCUUCUCGGAGGGCGGCUUCACGUAGAAGUCGGGUACUCAUCUCACAGGCUGUGGCUGAGUAUGCACGAGAAGCAUCAGCCGCUUCUAUUCUCGCCUUUGAUUCUGGUCUGUCGACAUUCAAUACAACUGCUCAAUGGGCUUUAAGGCGCCUUAGGGGCGACCUGGAUGCGACUAGAAAACUUCUUGUUUCCUCAGAUUGGCUGGCCGGUGCACGUCUGAUUUAUGACGAAGUGGUCAAACUCACAAAAGGUGCUCCUGACCCAGGCGAUCCUACGAAACCCUUUCUCGAAUGGGCUAAAUUCCUGCCUAGGUCAGAGGGUCAUGAAUCUAUCUACCCUAGUGGGGAACCUCCGAAUUUUAGUUUGCCCCCGCAUUUGCCUCAUUUCGAUCCAGACAAAAUGAGGAUACCUACACCACCUGUUUGGAAUGAAGUUGUAGACACGGGCGAUGGAAUUGGAGAUGCUGAAGCAUUCGAAACGAGAUAUGGACCCUCUUACAUACCCUUUGUUUCUGAUGCAAUCGAGGGGGAAAAUGAACAAUUAGCGUGGUCCGCUCAUGAAGACAACGAGCCAAAGUUGGACCAGAGUGAAACUGACUGGCCGAAAGAUCUCCUCCAAUCACCGAAUAAAAAGAAGCGUCCAUUGACUAGUCAACAAUCGGAGAGUACCAAUUCCAAGUCAACCGCGGAGUCCAGUGUUGUUUCCGUUUUCCAGCUCAAUUGGAUUCACCUCCUCUGCUUUGCCCUAUUUCUGGAUGGUUUCUGGCUGGUUCAUCGAGUCCUACAUACUGUGGAUACUGCCGAAAGGAUACUUUAUGGCGAACCCAUUGUUAUUGAUUGUACUGAUAAAGGCAAGGCAAUCUCUUUUUUAUUUGGUAAUUUAAAACUCACCACACAGGAUAAAACCAAACGCCUAUGA